UUUAUAAGGCACAGGGAUCGGUAAUUAAACCUGCCGUGCUUGGGUCUUUUUCAAUAGUUGGCCGCCUAGCCGAUAUUGUAUUACUCCACGGCAAGCAUGUCUAUCAGACAGACCGUUCAUUUUGAGCUUAAGCUAACGUUAACAGUAGUUUUUAGCAAGCUACUGUGGUUUUAUAAGGCUAGAAGGAAAUAAAGGAAUUGGCUAUGCAAAUAACGUGGCCUUUAGUGGUAACGUUAUUUAUAUAUUGUAAUUUCAAGAGGAACGCAGAUCUUCUUUGAAGUGAGGGAAGCUGUUUGACCAGCUAGCUAACUUGGCUAAGUUAUGGCUAGCCUAGCAUGCUAGCUAAUAUUCUUCCUGGUUGAUGUUGGCUAGUCCGAUGUUAGCACUACGCGCUAGAUACACUAACGUUAUAUAUCCAAAAGUAUGUAGACAUCCCUUCAAAUUAGUGGAUUCGGCUAUUUUAGCCACACCCGUUACUGACAGGUGUAUAAAUUCGAGCACACAACCAUGCAAUCUCCAUAGACAAAAAUAGGCAGAAAAUGGCCUUACUGAAGAACUCAGUGACUUUCAACGUGGCACCGUCAUAGGAUACCACUUUUCCAACAAGUCAGUUCAUAAAAUUUUGGCACUGCUAGAGUUGUUCCCGAACAACUGUAAGUGCUGUUAUUGUGAACUGGAAACGUCUAGGAGCAACAACGGCUCAGCUGUAAAGUGGUAGGCUGCACACACAAGCUCAAAGAAAUGGACUGCCGGGUUCUGUAGCGCGUGAAAACCGUCUGUCUUCGGUUGCAACAGUCACUACCGAGUUCCAAACUGCCUCUGGAAGCAAUGUCAGCACAAGAACUGUUUAUCGGGAGCUUCAUGAAAUUAGUUUCCAUGGCUGAGCAGUCGCACACAAGCCUAAGAUCACCAUGCGCAAUGUCAAAAGACGGCUGGAGUGGCAAGAAUCUCUGGAGUGAUGAAUCACACUUCACCAUCUGGCAGUCCGACAGACAAUGGAGGAUUGAUGAGAAACCUGUGAAGAUUGACAAAUGGGAUGGUGCAGCUGUCAAGAAUUCUCUUGAUGAUGCAGCGAAGAAGGUCCUCUUGGAGAAGUAUGGUUAUGCAGAGAACUUCAAUCUCGUAGAUGGACGUCUCCUUAUUUGCACAAUCUCCUGCCUCUUCGCCAUCGUAGCUUUAAUUUGGGACUUCCUUUAUCCAUUCCCUGAGUCCAAGCCAGUCCUGGCAAUCUGUGUCAUAUCGUAUUUCAUAAUGAUGGGAAUUCUAACCUUAUACACCUCCUACCAAGAAAAGAACAUCUUCCUUGUUUGUGUCCAGAAGGACCCGGCUGGCAUGGACCCCGACCACACUUGGCAGCUUUCAUCUAGUCUGAAAAGGUUUGAUGACCAGUACACACUAAGAGUGUCCUUCACAGAUGGGAAGUCCAAACACACGCGGGUGCAAGAGAUCACGAAGUCUGUGGGGGCUUUCUUUGACGGGAACGGAACGCUGGUCAUGGACCAGUUUGAAAAGUGCGUGUCAAAACUCCAUGAUACCUUGGCCACUGAAAAGAAGACAAAAUAAUAAUGAUCAGACAUAGCCUUCUUUACAAUGCUGCACCACACUGGCAGAAACCGCAGUAGAGCACACUGGUAUUGUACGGUCCUGGGUGCAUUUGAAUGAGUUAUUGGUUGUUAUAAAAGUCUGCACGCCAGCAUUUGUUGUCCAUUGUUUAAUUUGUCCAAUAAAUUGACUGUUGCGCAUAAUUAUUGUUUUUCUUCCUAUGUUUACCUUGAUACAAGUCUCAUCUAGACAUUGCUUUUAAGAACCCCUAAGACAACUCAAAACGAAGAUUAAUCAAAUAUUUCUUGCACCACUCAAGUUUUUAUCUUCACCAUCGAAUGGUUGUUCUAAAAAUGAAGAGAUAGGUCCUUUUUUUUUUAUAUAUAUAUAUUUUUUAACUUCUCUUCACAUUUUAUGCUGCCUUACAUAAUGUGCGCAGUGAAUGACCAGAUCAUUUUGUUGUAAAUUAUGUAAAAUACGUAAAUAUUGUUUUGUCCUGAAAGCCUUAUUAAGUGUAACUAGUGUAUUUUAAAAGUUUUGCAAUUCUACCUGUAUUUUUCUGUUUAUGGAUUUUGUUACUACAGUAUGUAGUUACCAUAAGGCUUUAAAGGGCAAAAUAAACGAUCUGAAAAGGGACUGUAUCCACACAUUUACUAGUGUCAUCACCAUUCCUCUCUUCAGUACAUGGCUUGUUGGAAGUAUGUCUUUAAAGCUGGAAUCCGUUUUGGUGAAACGUCCUUCUGCGAUAUUACAACAACAACGUAUGUUACUUCGAAAAAAAGUUUUUUUUCCCCCUCCAGAUAUUGAACUGGGGUAGUUGUUUUGAUGUACAUGUUAGGUCAACGAUUUGGAAAUGAAAUAGUAUUGAUCAGUUCUCCUCACUUAGGAGUGCAUGACCAUUGGUUUUCAAUUUCCAGUCUCACAGAAUAUUGAAUACACAAGCAAAUUAUUAUUUUUUUUUUACUUACUUAUAUUGGUAAGGUUUCCUGGAUGCAGUUUAUUUCUCUGUCGUAUGACUUUAAAAGUGAGUGGUACAGAGACAUUGCCGUUUUUGUCCGUAGAUUUUUGGCUUUAGCAACCUUAUUGUACGUGCCUGUUCUUCAUAUAAGUUUAAAAUAAAGUUUGAAAGCAUUUGUA